UGGUUAUUUGUGUGUUGCUUUGGACAAAAGCAUCUGCCAAAUCCCAUAACCAUAAUUAUAACCAUAUCCAUUACUAUCCAUAUCCAUAUUCAUGACCAUAUCCAUAACCCAGCACUGGUGGUGCUGUUUCUCAGCCUGCGCUUCUCCGUGCUGUGGAACACCGCCUUCCUCCUGUUCUACUUCGCCACCAAGCUGGUGAUGGAGCCGGUGCACUGCUACACCCGCGCCCAGGAGAUGGUGCUGCGUCACGUGCGGCCCACCGUGCUGCUCAUCCCCGUCUGUGGACUGGCCCUCUGCUGCCCCCUGCUGACCAGUUUGGCCACCAGCAGCCAGAACGCUACGUGGGUGACGGACUGCGGCUCGGUGCUGUCGGUGGACGUGUGCGGCUACACGUACGUGGUGCUGUACCUGAUCUUCUGUGACGCGCUGCCCGGGGUCGUCAUGCUGAAGAGCAGCGUCUCCAUCUCCGUGCACUUGCUGCUCCACCUGCGCCACAUGAAGUCCAGCACCAACGGCUUCCACGGGCCCAAGCUGGGCGCGGAGGUGCGCGUGAUCCGCAUGAGCCUGGCGCUGGCCGUCAUCUACCUGCUCUUCCUGGCGGCCGAGCUCUACACCCACUACCUGAUCUCGCAGGAGCACCAGAACGUGCUGGUCAUCACCGUCCUCCUCUCCUCGCUCUACUCGGCCGUCUGCGGACUCGUGCUCAUCUACGGCAAGAAGAGCCACUGAAUAGAAGAAUAGAAUAGAAUAUUUAUACAUACAUAUACAGUAUAUACUUUUUUGAUCCCGUGGCGUGAGGGAAAUUCAGUCUCUGCAUUUAACCCAUUGCAUUUUCAACAGCUAGUUUCUGCCGUUUUUAAGGGACAAUUGGUCAUAUCAUUCCCCUUUUGCUUUUGCAUUCAACACCCAUUGUUGAUGACGCACCCUUGGUUCGAUUCAGAACUGGUGUAAAUGCGGGCUGGUUCACUAGAUAGCACCACGGUUCAAAGACUUUCGAACAGCACCAGUUCAACACCAGGUUCGCUUUCGGGGAAAAACGCCUACAGUGAGGUGAAUCACACACUAACCCAGAGCAGUGAGCUGCCUGCCCAACCAGCGGCGCUCGGGGAGCAGUGAGAGGUUAGGUGCCUUGGUCAAGGGCACUUCAGCCGUGGACUGGUCGGGGAGCAAACCGGCAACCCUCCGGUUACAAGCUCAAAGCCCUAACCAGUAGGCCACGGCUGCCCCACUGGAAGGAGCUGCUGCACCUCUACAACCUCACGCUGGAUAGGUACCCCGGCCUCACCUGUCUGAAGGCACCUGAGAAGAAACCAGGCACCAGCGGGGCUACUUCUCAUUAAACGUCCCACCCAAAGCCCACAAAUAUGUUGUUACACUGUUACCUGUGUAUGAUGUAAUUACCCUGU